AAAUCAUUUUUGAGAAAUGGAGGCAUUUUAUUAGAGGAUCUGAUUGCUUCAAGUAAUGGAAAAUGUAAUCCCAUUCGCAAUUUCUCUGCUGAGGAGCUCAUCACUGCAACAAACAACUUCCAUUCAAGUCACAGUAUUUUGACUUGUUGUAUAUAUAAGGGUUAUCUAGAUGAUCGCCCAAUCAUUGUUAAGAAGUUCAAGAGCUUGACCAGGGGGGAGGAUGAAGUUCGAUCCCAUGCUAUACGUGACAUUGUGAUUGCAACCCAAAUGAGCAAUCAUAAGAAUGUUUUAAAGCUCUUAGGUUGCUGUUUAGAGUUUCCUGUACCUGCUCUUGUGCAUGAAUACGCAGCAAAUGGACCUCUCAAUGAUCAUGAAUUCCUACCUUGGAAGAUUAGGUUGCGGAUUGCUAAGGAGCUUGCACAUGCACUUACAUAUCUCCACACUGCCCUUUCCAGGCCAGUCAUCCAUAGGGAUAUAGGAUCCCACUCCAUUUUCUUGGAUCAAGACUUUGUUCCUAAAUUCUCCAACUUCUCAAUCUCCAUAACAAUCCCUCCUCACCAAUCGCAUGCAAGUGAUGGCCGGAAAUACACAAGUGUGUACUCUGACCCUGAAUAUAUGGAGUCUGGUUCUGUUACUGAGAAAAGUGAUGUUUAUAGCUUCGGCGUGCUUUUACUAAAUUUCAUAACAGGGAAAAAAGAUGAAAGUGAUGUUUGGAGUCGAAAAUAUCAGACAUUAGUUAGAUAUGUGAAAGAUCAUGUUGUAAAUAAGCGGGGGACUAAAAUUGUGGAUCCCAAUAUUUUGAGGGAGGGAGGGGGAGACGGGCAAGCGCAACAAGUGGAAGCUUUUUUGACUCUAGCGUUGGCAUGCACCCGAAACAAAGGAAACGAAAGGCCUGAUAUGAUUGAUGUGGCAAAAGAGCUCAGGCGGAUUGAGAAGUCCAUAUGACCUUUCCUUGGUGCUGAAUAUGACGGAUUAUCUACAGAGCCAUUUAUCUAUAGCCAUUUAGUGUCUUUAUUUUUAUUGCCUUUUAUUUUUCAAUUAAAGAUCGUGCAAGCCAAGAUUCAUGAAAAUUCCAUCUGCAAAGAGAGAGCACCUUGUGUCAAACUCCAAUUCCAUCAGCAAGAAGUUUCCUUCUCCAAGUCUAUUUGCAAGAAGUUAUUUAUCCAAGUCCGUUUGUAAGAAGAAUUUGUAUUCUCGAACGAGAAAUGCUACACAAACUUUCAAGCAAUGAAAAUUAUCAUUUUCACGAAGC